AUGAUGACUGGGGGCUUGUCUGACGCGGAGGCUGCUACUCCAGAAGUCCAGCAAAUUGUUAGCCAGGUGAAGCCACAGUUUGAAAGUAAGGAAAACAAGAAUUGUGCCAUGUUUAAAGCCAUAGAAUAUAAGACUCAACUGGUUGCUGGGGUAAACUACUUUAUUAAGGUCCAAGUUUCUGAUACCGACUAUGUUCACUUAAAGGUGUUUCAGAGUCUUCCUCACGAGAACCAAGGUCCCAGCCUUGUUGCUUUUCAGACUGGCAAAACCAGAGAUGAUCCCCUGACCUACUUCUGA